UCUGUUGUCUGCCCCGCCCCGCGGUGUGAUCGAUGGGUCCGUACGCAACCAGUCCUCGGUGCUCGGCUCGCCAUGCCUGUGACGCUGCCAUGGAGACGUAGCCGCAGCCGCAGCCUCCUGGCCCUUCCCGGGACCUGGAGCAUCUGCGUCACCUGGGCCACGCGUGUCCGCGAGCGCCGGUCAAGAAGGCUGCUCUGCUGGAGCGUCUGGACAGGGCCGGGCAAGCGAUACUUUUGCCAGAAGCACGGGCGCGGGACGUGGGGCUUGCAUCCUCCCUCCUCCCAGGAACUGCUCCAUAGUUGAGGGACGCUUCUCCCACCAGCGGAGACCCUGGUACCACUAAUCGUUUGUAGGUUAUUAAGGGACCUGCGAUUGGCCCACACGCCUCACCCUUCUACCCAGCUCAGCUGGCCACAUCUUGUCACCCUUGGGAAGAGAGGAAGACUGGCUAGCAAAGGACCUGAACCAGCACUGUUACAGAUUCCAACUGCGUUUCGAGUGGUGUGGACAGAUCAGCCCCUGCUGCAGACUUUACAAUGCUCGUUCUCUCAGGACCCUGGAUACAUCUCCUUGAGCUCAAAAGCGACGCAGGGGCAGUGGACACCUAACAGGCCGCCAAGAGUGGUGUGGAGUCUCCGUCAACGCUAUACAACUCUACUGUACAGAGCUUGGACCACAGCGCCAAUCUGACCUACUUUCUGUCUGGAAAUGCUCUCACAUGGCUUCUGAACAGGGUCAGAGGUGUCUUGGCUUCCCCUGCCCUCCUGAGAUCUUGCCCAUGGAAGGUCUGAGUUGCCUACUUCCACUAUUAAGUUGAAUAAGGAUUCCUUAACCCAACAGCCAUCAAGGCUGUUGGCCAACUAGUUAACAGACCAAAGCAGCCAGCUUUUUCCUACCUAGGAGGAAAGCCAGGUGUGCAUGAGCUUGGGGCUGGGGGAUGAGCGGUCGGGCCCCGCUGGCAGAGAAGGCUCUGUCAGAACGCUAUGCCCGCCUCCGGUACAGGGACACUUCCUUGCUGAUUUGGCAACAACAACAGCAGAAGUUGGAGUCUGUACCACCUAGUACAUACCUGAGCAGGAGCCGUAGCAUGUGGUACUCCCAGUAUGGAAAUGAGGCCAUCUUAGUCCGGGACAAAAACCAGCUUGGGGUCUCUAAGGACACUGGCCAAUCUAAGUUUUGCUCAAUCAUGUAAUUCCAGAGAGAUCCUCGAAGGCUGUGAAGAUCAAGCCGUGGUAUAAAAACUCAACACCUAAGAUUAUCACCCAGCCCUUUAUCAAUGGCACACUGCUGAGGCCCUGGCAAUGCUUCCAAACAAAAGAGAAGCCAGUGAGAUGUCCCCAGCUCCUAUGAGCUGCUUGCCUGAUACAGAAUGGGUCAGGUCCAGGUUAAAGAGGGGACUCUCUUCCUGGAGGGUCUCAGAUCUGUCAGUUCACACGUGCAGUGACACGUGAAAAGGGGCCAGAACCAGGGUGGCAUUCCAAAACCAAGCGUUAUAGGACCAAUUGACCUAUACAUUACUGCAAUGUGGUAGCACCCACACUGGUCUUGUAUAUAGGUGUGUUGUGUCCUAAACACCUUAAGUAAAACCCUCCAAUUUAAAGCUCCAUCUAAGUUGCCUGGGUUGAUUCCAAACUUAAUCGUGUGGGAAAGAGCAUUUGCCGGAUGGUGGAGCAUUGGGACCUCCUUCCUAUCAGAUUGCAGUGGUGUAUCAUGUUCCACCUCAGUACACAUAGUGUGGACAGCUGGAACAUACUUGUCUAUGGUGCAGUUCAAGUCUGUGUGGCUAUGCAAAUUCGGGAAUGUGUUUUGUCAAAGUUGAGCCUUCUAAAUAAAUGUCUUAAGACGCUACCCUUUCUCAUUUA